CCUCUCUCCCUCCCUCUCUCCACAUACAGGCUCCUUUACUUUCACUCAGCACACUGAGCUUUUUCCAGCCGAACUCACCAUCACCACCACCCGGGGCCAUGUUUUGGUUUCACCGAGUGUCCCUCGGGCUCCUGCUGCUCCACCUGUCCGCUGCUCACGUCUUCUUGGACAACAAGGCAGCCAGUCAGGUUCUGAUCCGGCAGAGACGAGCCAACAGCUUUUUAGAGGAGGUUAAACAAGGCAACAUGGAGAGGGAGUGUGUAGAGGAGCGCUGCAGCUGGGAGGAGGCUCGAGAGAUCUUCGAAAAUGCAGAGAAAACUAAUGCAUUCUGGGCCAAAUAUGUUGAUGGCGAUGCAUGCGUGUCGAUGCCAUGUGCUCAUGGAGGACUUUGCAAAGACGGGAUCGGCAGCUACACCUGCUACUGCCAGGCCGGGUACCAGGGCUUCAACUGUGAAAUCGUUAUUCCUCAGCUCUGUGAGGCCAAAAACGGUGGCUGUGAACAUUUCUGCAACGUGGUCCGAGGAUAUGUUCAGUGCUCCUGCGCUGACGGAUAUUUCCUGGCAUCAGAUGAUAAAUCCUGCAACUCCAACCAAACCUUCAAGUGUGGCGCCAUCAUCACCGGAGACACCCGGACCGUUUUCAGGUAUGAGCGACAGAACACGACAGAGGGGAACAUGACGGACCUCACCACCAACUUCACUGAGACGGAGUCACUUUACGGAAACAGCAGCCAAAGCCAACCUGUGCCAAGAAGCACAGUUUUUGAGAAACUGAUCAACCCUGAAGUUGCAGUUAACACCCGUAUCGUUGGCGGAGAGGACUGUCCACCAGGAGAAUGUCCAUGGCAGGCUCUGCUCCUGAACGAGGAGGACAGAGGCUUCUGUGGAGGAACCAUCCUCAACGAAUACAUCAUCCUGACCGCCGCCCACUGCAUGAACCAAUCACGCUACAUCUACGUCAAGCUCGGUGAGUUUGACACGUUGGUGGAUCACGGUAACGAAGCGACUCACACUGUGGAAACGAUUAUCACCCACAAUAAAUACAAACCUGACACCUACCACAACGACAUCGCACUCAUCAAAUUAACCACGCCCAUCAAGUUCACCAGGUUCAUCCUGCCGGCCUGCAUACCUGAGCAAGAUUUCGCUGAAAAGGUCCUGAUGCGGCAGCAGGGUGGCAUUGUCAGCGGUUUCGGCCGCCUCGGUGAGGGUCGGCAGGCGUCCUCCAUCUUGCAGCGCCUGUCGGUGCCCUAUGUGGAUCGGCUCACCUGCUUCGAAUCUACCCAGUUGCGUAUCUCCACCCGCAUGUUCUGUGCUGGCUACGACACAGCACCCAAGGACGCCUGCCAAGGUGACAGUGGCGGGCCACAUGUCACCUCCUACCGCAGCACCUAUUUUGCCACUGGUAUUGUGAGCUGGGGUGAAGGCUGUGCACGCAAAGGCAAAUAUGGCAUCUACACCCAGGUGUCCAAAUACAUCCGCUGGAUCCGUGACGGCAUCGAGAACCUGAUGCCCAAAGAGAAGAGCAGCAGGGUGAAGAGGUACCACGGCCCCAUUAAGAGGCUGUAUCUGUAAGACAACCAUCACCGGAUUUCAUUCUUCUUCAAAGAUCAUCGCUGGAACUCCACUGAGCAGAGAUCAGCCACUCAACAUCACCAAAAUUCUUAAAGCUGUAUUAAUUAAUUUAUGGCCACCGGGGGACAGCAGAACAAGCUGUAAUGACCUGUCUUACUCUAAGUAGUAGUCAUGUCUGACAUGUUAGCAAGCAGCUGCCGACUACCACAACCAGUGGACUCAUGAUCGUCUCACUGACAGCGACAGUAAUGACUUGUGGAGUUCCUCAGGGUUCUGUUCCCUUUCUAUUUUCUGUUAAAGCUGCAAUAAUUCAUUGUUUUGUCCACUUGAGGCAGCAGGACAGUCUAUAAACACAUCUGACAUAUUAUCAUCUUAAAAAGCUGACAGAGCACAACAUGAUCCUUCAUCUUUUAACAGCCUGCUGAUCAGCAUUAUAAAGAAAUAUGUCAGUGCCAUUCAGAGCAGGAGGAACUGAAAAUAAAUUUUAUCAUCAGUGUCAACAAAACAAUGUUUUUGUGUUUUCAUGUAUUUUUUAUCAGUCACUGCCAGAAAUGAGCUUUUUGAGCUGAAUUUGAAGCAAAUAAAGAAAUACUACAACCGCA